GAGUAGGAUGACAAAAAAACAGAAAUUGCUAUGUAGAAUAUGAGAAAAAUAAUGCCUUUUCCAGAUGAGAAUUUUAGACAUAGAUAAAAUAAUUGGAAUGAAAUAAUUUAGAAAGUCGCAGAAGAAUCAUUGUUACAAUGGCAGGACACUACAAUUGGCCGCAUGUGCUGAACUUAAGUAACAGCAUCAUUGGUGUUACUGUCCUGGCCAUGCCAUUCUGUUUCCAACAGUGUGGGGUGGUGUUGGGAAUACUGAUGCUGUUUUUCUGUACAUGGCUAACCCUGAUGUCCUGCAGGCUCCUCAUAACUGCUGGGAUUUCCUCCAGGAAGCGAUCCUAUGGAUUCCUAGCACAGUAUACCCAUGGAGCUCCAGGAAAGCUGGCUGUAGAACUGGGUAUGAUAGGUCUCCAGAUGGGAACUCUCGUGGCUCAGGUGGUGAUUAUAGGAGAUCUAGGACCAGCAAUCAUAUCCAAGUGGACAGGACUGUCGAACACGAACAACUUGCGUACAGCACUGAUAAUGUUGGCCUGUACCUGUAUCGGUCUGCCACUGGGUCUUCUCCGGAAUCUGGAGACUGUCAGUAGGGCCAGCACCUUCUGUAUCUGUUUCUACUCCAUGUUUGUCCUCUAUGUUGUUGGAUUGUCUGUUCCUAAUCUGAAGGCUGGAAACUGGUACGAAAAAGUCAACUUCUGGAGAGUGGAUGGCCUGUUUAAAUGUUUGCCAAUAUUCUCCUUUGCUUUUGGAUGUCAAACACAGCUGUUCAUUCUCUAUGAUGCCCUCCCUGAGCCGUCUCUGAAGGAGAUCAGUGCCAUUGUGGGUAGUGCUGUCAACAUGUGCACUGUAGCUUACCUACUGGUUGGUUUCUUUGGGUAUGUGGCGUUCUGUGAUACCACAAUUGGUGGCGAUGUCAUCACCCAGUUUUCAGAAACUCUAGUGGUGGAUAUUAUACAGAUUCUAUUUGUUCUGUCCAUUGUUGUCUCAUUUCCCCUCAUCAUUUACCCGUGUCGAGGAAGCUUCUAUACUCUGCUGUUUGCUCAGAAGCCCAAACAUGAGGACAUAGAGUCUCGGCCCAUAAUUCCAGAGAUUCAUUUUAAAGUCAUCACUGUGUGUAUAGUCAUGUUUGCAAUGAUAACAGGAAUUCUAGUCCCCAAUGUUGAGUUUGUCCUUGCGAUGAAUGGAGCUACAAUGGGAACGUUGAUUUGUUACAUCUUCCCCGCUGUGUUCUUCCUGAGAGUCAUGACUGGAUCAUCUGACAAAAAGAACAUUGCUCAGUUUGUUUUCAUUGUUGGAGUUACAAUCAUGGUCCUAUGUACGUACACAACACUGAACUCCCAGGACCAUGUCAAACCAAAGCCAGUCAUCACAGACAAAGCAACAGUGGCAGCUAAACAGAGUAUCAAGUCAGAGGAGAAAAUCAAGAAAGAUAACCCUGUUAUUGAUGUAUUCAAGAAGACUGCUGGGCAGGUCAUAGAUAAAGAUAGAAGAGUGGACCCACCAGACAAAGACAGUAAAGUAAAGUCAUUACCUGAGGAUGACAUAAGACAGGAACCACCAAAUCCCCACCCACCUGACAAGGGACCAGUAGAGGUGAAUAAUAGUCAUAAAGAAAGUGUGAAAGAGACAAAACCAGUGAAACAGACAAGCACAAAACUGGUAAAAGAGAGUAGCAAGGGUAGUAAAAGACAAAAACAAAGAAGUAAAACCAAAGGAGAGGGACCAGAAACUGUCCUCAGGGAGGAAAGAAAGAAGAAGACCAUGAAGGAGGGAGAGGAUCCUGUCAAGGUAUUAGAUGAGGGGGAGGCUGUGGAGGGGGGAGAUAAUGAGGAGAAGGUCAAAGAGACGGAACAGAAACAACAGGAUCUAUUGGACGAAUUAAAAAAGCAGCAGAUAGAGCACAAAAAACUGAUCCAGGAGCAGCGGGAGAUUCUCAAGGAGCUAAAGGAACACAAAAAGGACGCCCAUAAAAAGGAGGAGGGGGCAAAGCAAACACAGGCACCGUUAAAUAAUGAAGGGCAGGUUGUAAAGCAGGAUGCAGGACCAAUUCAAAAGAGAAAUGUACCAAAUGUAGAUCCUCAGCAACAUCAGAACAUUCCAGCACAGGCACCGGGAGUAGGCCAGCAACAGAUCCUACAAAAUGUGCAACAGCUGCAGGGUCAACAACAGGGUGCACAAGGUCAAAAUCAACUGAACCAGCAGGCUCAACAGGUGAAUAUACCUGGCCAAAGUCAGUUCACGCAACAGCCUCAACAUGCCAACCUACAAGGUCAGGGUCAGUUAAAUCAACAUCCUCAGCAAGCCAACCUACAAGGUCAAGGUCAAUUCAACCAACAGCCUCAGCAAGUCAACCUACAAGGUCAAUUCAAUCAACAGCCUCAGCAAGCAAACUUACAAGGUCAAGGUCAAUUUGUUCAUCAAGGGAAUCAAGGCAAGAUUAUUCCAGCACAGCAGUUAGAUCAAACGUUUAAACCACAACAGCAACCGAUAAACAAUGACAAUUUCAACAUUCCUAAUCAACAAUUUCAGAUAAAACAAGCACCUAGUAGGAAGGAUGGAGAAGUGAAAACUCUGGACGGAGACAAGCCAAUCGUUGCUCAGGAAUCUAGACUUUCUGACAAUAUGCAGAAUAAAAUAGGUGGUCCAAAGACAGUGGAGAAAAGUCAGAAAACAGCAGAAAAGAAGGAAGGAAAAGUCAAAACUCCUCACUCUGAUAUCUAGAAGAAAUUUAACUUAUAGGUUAAUUUUUGUUCAACUACAAAUACUUCAACUGUUUCCUGUUCAUGAUGUUAUUUAUGAGAUAUAUGUAUCAGUGUUAUGUACAUGUUUUGGGGGAAUGUAUUGAUGAAUGUCCUAAAUGUACAGAUGUAUUU